AUGCACAUGGAAAUUGGUGAGCAAUGUGACUGUGGCUCAAAAGCUGAAUGUGCCUCGGAUCCCUGUUGCCAAUCCAAUUGCACGUUGCGUUCAGGUGCCGCUUGUGCAUUUGGACUUUGCUGCACCAAUUGUCAAUAUCUUCCAGCUCGAUCCAUUUGCAGACAGAAAACUAGCAUCUGUGAUCUUCCUGAGUACUGCAAUGGGACUUCAGAGAGAUGUCCUGAAGAUGUUUAUAUGCAAGAUGGUGCCCCCUGCAGUGAUGGAGCAUACUGUUAUCAUGGGCAUUGUAGUACUCACAGUGGGCAGUGCAAAGCGAUCUUUGGCAACCAAGCAACUGUUACUUCAGAGAGUUGUUUCAGAGCAAUGAAUGCUCAAGGUGAUCGAUUUGGCAACUGUGGACUUAAGCAUGGAGCUUACAGGAAAUGUGAUCCCAACAGUUAUUUGUGUGGCAGAAUCCAGUGUGAUAAUAUUGAUGACUUGCCUUCUUUGGAGGAACACAUCACCAUAAUUCAUUCAAAGGUUGGCAAUGAUGAAUGCUGGGGCACUGACUACCACAGUGGGACAAAGACAACUGAUAUUGGUGCCGUGAGAGAUGGCACUCCUUGUGGCACUGACAUGAUGUGCUAA